AUGAGGCUGCUAUACCUCCUCCUUCUCUUCCUCGUAUGUCUUAUCCAGGCAACAUCAGGUAAGCUAAAGGUGAAAAAUAUCGAAUGUGAAAAAAUGGGUGGUGUCUGUAAGCAUCAAAGAACCCACGGCUGCUCCAUCCUGCCUGCGGAAUGCAGAAGUCGGAAGAAACACUGCUGCAGAGUCUAG